GCGUACUACGUCAUAUCUACGCGUCGGUGUUGUUUUGUGGACCGUUUGACGUAAACUUUGCAGUUGCAGUCGUCUGUAUUGUAACAGCUGCCACCAUGGUGGUAUUUCCAAGUUCGCUGACGGAGGAAGAAGAGGCUUUGCAGAAAAAGUAUGCCAAACUCAAGAAAAAGAAAAAGGCACUUCUUGCUUUGAAGAAGCAGAGUUCAACCAACCAGACUAACCAGAGUGGCUUGAAACGAACGUUGUCUGACCAGCCUGUUGUUGAUACGGCAACGGCGACAGAACAAGCUAAGAUGCUGAUUAAGUCGGGGGCCAUCAGUGCUAUCAAAUCUGAGAACAAGAACUCAGGUUUCAAACGUUCUCGAAUGUUGGAAAUCAAACUCAAGGACCCAGAAAAAGGUCCAGUUCCUGCUUUCUUACCCUUCCAAAGGAGUGUCUCUACAGAUGAUGACCAACCUGAGUCUGGAAAGAGAGCCCACAUGAAAUCUCUGUAUGAGAGCUUUGUUAGUUCAAGUGACCGUUAUCGGGAUGAGGAAGAUGGAGGUGGCAUGUCAUCCAGCCGUGAAAUGGACAGAGACAGAGACCGAGACCUGGACAGAGAGCGGGAAAGAGAUCGAGAUAGGGACCGGGACAGAGACAGAGAGAGAGACAGGGAUAGGGAUAGAGACAGAGGCAGAGACAGAGAGAGAGACAGAGACAGGGACAGGGAUCGAGACAGAGACCGUGACCGAAGCAGAGAAAGGGAUCGAGAUCGGGACAGGGACCGAGACAGAGAGAGAGACCGAGAUGGACCGUUCAGACGAUCAGACUCAUACCCAGAACGCAGAGGGGUACGAAAGGGGAAUACAGUGUACGUUUACGGCUCUGGGCUUGUCGAAGACAGUCUGCGCUCUGCCUUCUCUCAACAUGGAAACAUCAUCGACCUCUCAAUGGACAACCCGCGCAAUUGUGCAUUUAUCACAUUUGAGAAGAUGGAGUCUGCUGACCAGGCUGUGGCCGAGUUGAAUGGGAGCAUUGUGGGAGACGUUCACAUCAAAGUCAGCAUCGCCAGAAAGCAGCCCAUGCUGGAUGCUGCCACUGGCAAAUCUGUGUGGGCUUCAUUGGCUGUGCAGAACAGCACCAAAGGCUCUUACAGGGACAAGAGGAACCAAGUGGUGUACAGUGAAGAUUUCCUGUGAUGAAACGUUUCUAUUAUUGCUAUAAUGUGUAGUUAGCAAGCUACUUCUGUUGUCUGUGUUCCAGAAUAGAUGGAAACAUUUUGUGUUGUCUUUUGAAGUAAAUAAAGGAAGUUGUAGGUUGGCUCUAAAA